GGGACGCGCGCCUUCGGGGAUUGCUGCGGACGUCCUCCCUUGUUCCCGCAGCCCGCGCGGAGGAAAAGCGCGUGCCCCUCCCGCUGUAUCUCCUGUGACAGUCUCUCCCGGGCGUCCUGCAGGUCGGGGGAGGAAAGGAUGCCGGCCACACAGAAGCCGGUGAGAUACGGACAUACAGAAGGACACACGGAUGUCUGUUUUGAUGAUUCCGGGAGUUGCAUUGUGACUUGUGGAAGUGACGGUGAUGUGAGGAUUUGGGAAGACUUAGAUGAUGAUGAUCCUAAAUCCAUCAAUGUUGGAGAAAAGGCAUACUCAUGUGCUUUGAAGAAUGGAAAGUUGGUCACUGCAGUUUCCAACAACACUGUUCAAGUCCACACAUUUCCUGAAGGAGUUCCAGAUGGCAUAUUGACUCGCUUCACUACAAAUGCAAACCAUGUGAUCUUUAAUGGAGAUGGUACUAAAAUUGCUGCUGGAUCAAGUGAUUUUCUUGUCAAAAUUGUGGAUGUGGUGGAUUGUAGCCAACAGAAAACAUUUCGAGGACAUGAUGCCCCUGUUUUAAGUCUUUCUUUUGAUCCUAAGGACAUCUUUCUGGCAUCAGCUAGCUGUGAUGGAUCUGUCAGAGUGUGGCACAUCCCCGAUCAGACAUGUGCUAUUAGUUGGCCACUACUACAAAAAUGCAACGAUGUGGUAAAUGCAAAAUCCAUCUGCAGACUUGCUUGGCAGCCAAAAAGUGGAAAGUUACUCGCAAUUCCUGUGGAAAAAUCUGUAAAAUUAUAUAGAAGAGAAACAUGGAGUAAUCAAUUCGAUCUUUCAGAUAGUUUCAUCUCUCAGGAAAAAAAUGUUACAAUGCUAAAAACUGGUCUUCUCAAGGAGGAAGAGGAAGAUGAUCAGGCAGGCAGUAGUCACAAUCUACCACUUGUAACAUCCCAAAGGCCAUUUUAUGAUGGGCCCAUGCCAACUCCCCGACAAAAGCCCUUCCAGUCAGGUUCUACACCCCUACAUCUUACUCACAGAUUCAUGGUAUGGAAUUCUAUUGGAAUUAUUCGUUGUUAUAAUGAUGAGCAAGACAAUGCCAUAGACGUAGAGUUUCAUGAUACCUCCAUACACCAUGCAACACACCUAUCAAACAGUUUGAAUUAUACAGUAGCAGAUCUUUCCCAUGAAGCUAUUUUGUUGGCGAGUGAAAGCACUGAUGAACUAGCAAGCAAGCUUCACUGCCUACACUUCAGCUCUUGGGAUUCAAGCAAAGAGUGGAUGGUAGAUAUGCCUCAGCAUGAGGAUAUUGAAGCCAUUUGUCUUGGUCAGGGAUGGGCUGCUGCCGCCACUAGUGCCUUGCUUCUUCGAUUGUUUUCUAUUGGAGGUGUUCAGAAAGAGAUCUUCAGCCUUCCUGGGCCUGUGGUAUCAAUGGCAGGACAUGGAGAACAGCUUUUAAUUGUUUUUCAUAGAGGUAGGAUUUUUUCCCAGUUUUAUAAUUUGACUAGUACUCCCUGUUAUGUGGAUUCUGAAGGUUGUGUUCGAAUGCUUAACAGAGCGUUUGGUAAUACAUGGACUCCUGUAUGUAAUACACGAGAACACUGCAAGGGAAAAUCUGAUCACUAUUGGGUGGUUGGUAUCCAUGAACAUCCCCAGCAACUGAGGUGCAUUCCUUGUAAAGGGUCUCGAUUUCCUCCUACCCUUCCACGCCCUGCUGUUGCCAUAUUAUCCUUUAAACUUCCAUACUGUCAGAUUGCAACAGAAAAAGGACAAAUGGAGGAACAAUUUUGGCGUUCAGUUAUAUUCCACAAUCAUCUUGAUUACUUAGCUAAAAAUGGUUAUGAAUAUCUUUCUUGUAAACUGGAGAGAGAAUUUCGUUGUGUGGAACUUGCUGAAUUAAUGACUCAACAUGCUGUGAAUUUAGCUGUUAAAUAUGCUUCUCGCUCUCGGAAAUUAAUAUUGGCCCAAAAACUUAGUGAACUAGCUGUAGAAAAGGCAUCUGAACUAGCAGCAACCCAAGCAGAGGAGGAGGAAGUGGAGGAAGAGGAUUUCAGAAAGAAGCUGAGUGCUGGUUACAGUAAUGCUGCUACAGAGUGGGACCAGCCACGGCUCAGAAACCAAACUGAAGAAGAUACUGAGAGCAGAAAAGAGGCUGAUGAUACACAGAAAACACCAGAACUCCAUGAGCAUGGACAGAACUCCGGAAGCACAGAUACAUUUGAUGUACCGGCUAUUAAGUCAGGUGCCGUUACCUCUAGCAACCAAGGACGAAUAAACCCAUUCAAGGUAUCAGCCAGUUCCAAAGAACCAGCUAUGUCAGUGAAUUCAACACGGUCAACUAACAUUUUAGAUACUAUGAACAAAUCAUCUAAAAAAUCCACUGCAUUUAAUCGAGCAACAAAUAACGAAAAGUCUCCAGUUAUAAAGCCUCUGAUUCCAAAGCCAAAGUCUAAGCAGGCAUCUGCAGCAUCUUUUUUCCAGAAAAGACCUUGUCAGGUCGAAAAGACUGAGGAAGUGAAGGAAGAAAACCCUAAAAAUGCCUCAUCUGAAGCCCCAGUGUUGUGUCCUCAAAAUGUUGAAAACCAAAGGCCAAAGACUGGGUUUCAGAUGUGGUUGGAAGAAAACAGAAGCAAUAUUUUGUCUGACAAUCCUGACUUUUCAGAGGAAGCAGACAUAAUAAAAGAAGGAAUGAUUCGAUUUAGAGCAUUGUCAACUGAAGAAAGGAAGGCAUGGACUAACAAAGCCAAGUGAGAGACUGUGA